AUGGUGAAGGAUCUGCUUGGACCCAAGCACAGUGGAAGAUAUCUGCGUGAUCAAAUCCGAACCAUGUUUGGAGAGACGAGGAUCAGCCAAGCCUUGACUAAUUUGGUCAUUCAUGCCUUUGCUAUAAGAAGACUUCAUCCUAUAGUCUUCUCCACCAAUGAGGGGAAAUCAGACAUCUCCAAGGAUGCAACAUUAUCAGACAUCAGCAUUGGCUCAACAGCUACAACUACAUAUUUUCCCCCAUAUUAUUUUGAAGUUCAUGAUACUCAUGGGUGUUUGAAGGCCUUUAACCUUGUUGAUGAGAAUCCCAAAAGCUGGCCAAAGAAAACUCUUGAGUUUUUCCCAGUAAAGCCUUCAGAUUAUGGGAAGUUUUUGGUGAUCUCACUGGGGACCGGAACAUUGAAGAGGGACAAGAAAUACAGUGCUAGUAAAGCUGCAAAAUGGGGAGUCCUCAAAUGGUUGCGCCACAACGGAAAAAGUCCUAUAGUUGCUGCAUUCACUCAAGCCAGUUCUCGCAUGGUUGAUUUUCACAUGCCUGUCCUCUUACAAGCACUAGGUUCUAAGCACAACUAUCUUCGAAUCCAGGAGGAUGAGUUACAAGGGAACACCGUGACGCUCAAAAUCUCAACGAAGAAGAACAUGAGAAAACUUGUGACAAAUUGGUAUGAAGCUUCUGCCAAAGCCCUUGGAAAAUGGAGAAACAGUUGCAGAAGCUCUCAAGAGGUAUGCUGUGAUUUUGUCACAAGAACGAAGAUCGCGUCAACAGAAAUUGACAUCCAAUUCAUGAAGAACAAGUCUAUCAUUUAUGCUGUUAUAUAA